AUGAAUUCAGCCAUCGUUUUCUUUGUUGGAGAGACAUCUCAGCGGGCGGUGCAAGAUUCAGUGUUAGACGAAGCGACUCGUGAAGGAGACGUUGUGGUGCUGAACUUCACGGACACCUACAAGAACCUCACACACAAGUUCCUCCUUGGUGCAAAGUGGAUCUCCGACAACUGCCGUCUCGACCCUGCAGCGACGAUCGUGAAACUGGACGACGAUGUCUUAGUAAACGUGUUCGCCUUGCUGUCGUACCUGAAGAGCGGCAUGAUGGCGCUGACCGGAUUUCAUUGUAAUGUUGUGAGAGGUGCUGUGCCCUUCAGGACACGAAAAUCUAAGUGGUUGGUCCAGUAG